AUGGCUGCCUCGUCCUCGUCUGGCUCCUCCUUCACCUCGUCGUCUCUCGGCCGCCCGCCCACGUACAGCCGCUCCUAUGUGAACACGCCCGAUGAGCGAACUGUGUAUCUGGGACCCUGGGAGGUGGUGGGGUCUGAGCAGCGACGUAUCCGCUGGCAGUGCAGCUACCAGAGCGAGCUGCUCGAACAUUUUUUACCCUCAGACAUACCGUCCGAUGUCCAUCCUCACACCCUCCACUCACGGCAUCGCCAAUUUAACGACCCGCCCGACAUGGAACGCUUCCUGUCCUUCAACGAGCCUCAUCGCAUCAGGUACACCUCCGGCGAGGGCAUCUGCAUUCAUGAUCAGUACAUCCAGGUCCGGUACGAGUUCACCACUGUCGAAGCUUCCAUCCAGUUCCAGGGCGACCUACGACGAAAGGACCUGGUAGACUUUUACGACGUCGACGUUGUUUGGUCCAACCUGCAGAGCCGCACCGACAGCUUCGGCAAGGUCAAGGGCAUCGGUGCCAUUCAGAGGCUCAAGCUUUGGAGGGACCGAUACACCACCUUCCACUCGCUGAGCGUCUUGGCCAACAAGACGGACAACCAGUACCGCGAGUAUGACAUUCACCACUUCGACGGCGAGCUCCGAAACCGAGAUGACCGCGCCAAAACCCUCCGCCUCAACGUCCACGGCCGCCGAGGGAGCGUGCCCGACGAAACCUCAUCGCGUCGAACCUUUCGCAUUCGCCAAAGGGUCCGGUCCGCCGGCCAGGCCAGCGCCGCCAACUACAAACGGUUCAUCGAAACCUGGGCCUUUGCCCACAGCUCCGACCGUGAAUUCAACGGCGUCCCGUUUCCUCCCAAUCACUUCGAGCUGCCCUCGCCGGAAAUCCAGCCCGGUCGAGAUGCCGAUACUGGCUGA